AUGAAAAAGACAUGUAGAUACUCAGACUUUAGUCUAUGUUUCUGGUGGAUUUUCUAUGUCUCUACCUGUGUUGGCUGGCAACAACACCUAUUAAAACCAGCAGCUAACCUGACUCUGUCCUUCUCCCCACAGCGACAAAAGCUGAUUCAUGUGCUAGAGGAAGAGCGACACCUGCGAUUGGACAGUGAGAAGCGGCUUCGGGAGGUGACGGACGAGUCGGAGCUGGGCCGAGCGCAGAUGGUUUCGCUACAGCAACACUUCUCCAGGAUGGAAGAGACAGUGAGGACGCUGCUGCAGAACCAGGGGGUGCUGGAGCAGACAGCCGUGGACACUGUGGACAUCAUGAAGGCCUACAAGGAUAAACUCUCAGAGGAGGUGCAGAAGACGCGUGACAGCUUGGAGCAGAACAGCAGCGGUAGUAGCCCACUGCCGUCUUCUGGAGACCCUUUGCUGCCAGACGUCGGCAGCAUCAGCCGAGCGGAAGAGUUUCAGGACCAAACAAAGCUCCUUCUGGAGCGUCUGCGCACCCUAGAGGAGGAAAACUCAGCAUUGGCCUUGGAGAAUGAGAGCCAGAGGGAGCAGUAUGAGCACUGUCUAGAUGAGGUUGCCAAUCAAGUUGUGCAGGCACUGCUCACCCAAAAGGAUCUGAGGGAGGAGUGUCUGAAGUUGCGGACCAGAGUGUUUGACCUGGAGCAACAAAACCGGACCAUGAGUGUCCUCUUCCAGCAGCGAGUCCGACCUGCAUCAGACCUGCUCCUGCAGAAACUCCACUCUCGGAUCAUGGAUUUGUCUGCCUCUGAUCUCCUCCUGGAGCCGGAGAGGAGCAAAAGCUUCCCGCUAUCCAGGAACACUGACUCUCCACCUCAUGAUGUCCAACUGAACGGAAAGGCGGGACUUCCUGUGGCCAAGUGUCUGAGCCAGCUGAGUCUGACGGUGCAAGCGCCAGUCUACCCACGCAGCAGCUGUAGCAGCAGCGAGCUGUCCCUGUCUAGCGCCUGCAGUGAAUACUCCAGUGGCUCCUACACCUGGAAUGAAGGACGCUCCUGUGGGAAAAUGUCCUCUCUGACGUGGGAGAAGAGGUUGAGCCUGGGUUCCUCGGCCCCCGGGAACAUCUGCGCCCCCCUGGAGGAGCAGCUCCCCACGAGGAGGAAAGAGAGCCACAUCCUAGAAGGCCUGCGGAAGCUCCAGAGGAGAAAACCAAAAGGCUCCUCAUCCUCCUGGGUCUCCAAGUCGGGUGACAAGGACUGCAUGAACUCUAAUGAGGGUAUCUACUCUCUGGGGAUUAAGAGUGGGAGCAAGGGAAUCUCCAAGCCCACUUAUGUGGGAAGGACCACUAUCUCAGGGGUGGGGGGCAAAAAGUUUGUGUACGACUCUGAUGAUGCGGACGACGAAUCGCUACAUUCGGCGUACUGCAGACGAGACWGCGUCCCCAGUAAGGACGGAGGCUGGAUGUACUUCAGGAAGCUGUCGCACAGCGUCUCGGACAGUGUGUGUAGCUGGGAYGGGCUGMAGRACAGUGGCRUAGUAGGGGAUAGUAACUGCAGCAUGGGUAUGACGCACCCGCCCGGCUAUAACUCCAAGGAGCGGCCAGAAAAACUCAAAAGCUUCAUCAACAAUUUCCUCUCCGGGGGGCGUACCUCGGCUGUUCUAAACCCCUCCCUGUUGCACUUUGACAUCAGCCCCACAGAGGCUGAAUGCCCCCUCCACCUCUCAGACACCGACCCUGAGGAUCUGCACUCUGAGGUCAGUGACCACCGGCUGCCUGUUAGCCGGACAGCUGAGCAACUGCAGAAGGACAUCAAGAGGCUCUCAAGAGAUUCUGACAAACUGCUUCCCGUACAAUGCUUGAGAAGGGAACCUGGCCGAACUCAGUCUGCUGACGGAAGGCCCAGGCCUUUCAGCCUAAUCAAGGAACACACGGGGGCUAAAACCCAGUCUGAGGAGAGUAUCAUGGCUAUAUUCGAUGCAGACGGACAGCCCAUUGAACUCAGUGCUCAGCAGUCGUCUUUUGGUGCUGGGGCUCGGAAAGAGAUUCCUGGGAGGAAGGAAAAUGGGGUUGCUGAGUAUGCAGCACUGUCGCCUCAUGAUAGGCCCAUUCGUCACAAAGUAGGCAACAACGGCAGCAAUAGCAGGGAGGGAAGCCCAGAGAGGCUGCAAAUGCACGUCACUCCACUGCGGAAAUUGAUAAAGCCACCUUCCAAUCGAUCCAACAAAGGCCACUCUGUCCCUCCCAUGAACAAUGCUUCCACCAGCCCCAAGGCCAUCAGCUCAAAGAUCCCCAGCAGCCGGGGGAAAGGAUCUCCACUGAAGGUUUCUAAGGGCUUCACCACAGAAACAAGCAACAGUGGACCAACCUCCGGAUUCACAGCUCAGGAGUCAAAGUCCCCUUCUUCUCCUCCGGUCAAGAUGUCCAGGUUCAUCAAAGCUCCAGGCUGCACUACAAGCCCAAAGGCAGUGAUCAACAAGCUUCCUGGCAGGAAUGACUGGGCAAAGGGCUCCUCAUCUAGUGUUCCAACCGGCUCCCCACACCUCCUAAGAAGGCAUUUGGACCACGUGGACUACAGGGAACAGCCUACCAGAGACAGACACUGUGAAGCCAGCAGCAAAACUGAACUCAGGUCCCCAUCUCCUCCCCCGCCUCCUGGACGCACCACCUCCUUACUUAUCAGACCAAACUACGAUGGGUCACCUCAAGCACUUAAACCAGGGGCUCAACCAUCCACGCUUACAACUGUGAGGGGGCCACCCCCGAGUUACCACCCCCCACCUGUACCAAAUAUGCAACAUUUAUUACCACCACCCCCCUACAAGGGCCAAGAUACCAUAGACCUGGACGCAGGCUACGGUACUGCAAUCGCACCUCAGAAACUGUUGGACAAAUCGAGCCAGCAACACCCUGCUUCAAAUGAGACCCCCUCUAAAGGCACUUCGAAACGGGUCCCCACAAAACUCUACCUCCCCUCCUCAGCCUCAGGGCAUGUGCCUGAUCACCCUGAAAACGCGCCUAAAAGCUCAAAGAAUGUUCCUCCUCCCUCAUACAACUCUCAACGUGGCUCUUCGCUUCAAAGCACAUUUACAAGUAAGAAAGGUACCAAUGACAAUAGACAUUCUAUGUCGUAUAAGACCUCUAGUAGUUUUCCUGUAACUCUGCAGGGCCACCCUCAGUGUCCAACAGAACCUCACAGUAGUAUGACUCAACCUCCCCAGGCUGUAGCAAACCCACCCUCCGUUUCUGGAACUAGCACUCAAAAUUCCACUGAAAAAGCGUCAAAGACACGCAUUCCUAUGGGCUUCAAAGCUUUUGUGAAAUCGCCCCCUUCACUGCAGAAAGGCUCCACCACGAUACCAGGAAAGCAAGAGAAGGAACACAUCAACUCGGUCUCCAAAGAGACUGUGACUUCAAAUGCUUUCAUCCCGUGUGACAGUUUUCAGACAGUGUAUGUUGAUUCAUUAGCCAUGACUUCCAUCAUAGAGACUAAGGGUGAGGUCCAGUGCAUCAUUCAGGAAGAGGAGGCACACACCUCUGAGUUGGCAGAGCAGGGGGUUGGUGACAAGUUGGAAUGUGACAGUAGACUGUUCAAGAGGUCUAUAUCUGUCACGACCAAACCUCACCUAAAGCCUGUCCUGGGGAUGAAUGGGGCGAAAGCUCGCAGCCAGAGUUUCAGCACACACUACAUGGAAAAACCCAACAUCAGCGUGUUGGACGGACAUGUGAAGAUUCGAACCCAGAUCAUCACCAACUCUGGAGAGAGGGGGAACUCGUUAACAAGGCAGAGCUCGUUUGUUGAGGGCUUACAGAUUAAACCCAGUAGCGGAUCUGGGGAAAGUCCAGUCCGUUGCCCCAGCCACAGGCUGAGCCACUACGGAGGUAUGACAGGCUCAAACAGCCACCAGGGUCUUCCGGAGAGAGCCUCCAAAUCGGGMUYCACYGGUGAAGGGCCAYGGAGCACYRCAAAGGGGGAGAGYGUCACRGCUCCACMUCARAAAGAAGUGCGUAGCUUACCCCUCGCCGACCGGAUCGGCUUGAAGAACWCCCGAAAUCCCAAGAAGGWCGCAUCUCAUCCUCMRUUUGAGUCRCCGGCCUCUCCUGUCUAUAKCCCGGAGRCCACARCAAAGGSUGGGAAAGUGCUCAGCCYCGGCAAACUAGACCWCRCGAAGAGCGUCAAAGUCCAGGCAGGCUGUUCCCAAAGGGCAAUCGAUGAGGGAGAGCAACCAGUGAGCCCCACAGUCUGCACCAUCGAGGAGAAGGUCAUGAUGGGGAUCGAGGAGAAUAUCCAGAAAGGUCAGGGUCAAGAGAAGGUAAUAGUAUCGGAGACCAAGCAGAAGACCGGCCCGUCUCUGGCCAACUGGUUCGGCCUGCGUAAAAGCAAGCUGCCAGCCUUGAAUGGAAAGAAAUCAGACGCCACCUCCCCGAAAGAGAAAGAUGAGAAAAAAGAGCUGAAGAUCGGAUCUGUGCUAGGAGGCAAACAGAUGAAAUCGGACAAAAAGAAGGACAAGAAGAAAAUCGACAGCCAGUUCGAAAAGAGUCCAGAGCUGACGCUGUCGGAGAACAAGCUGAGCUCGAUCAUGGAUCAUUGCAAUAUUCAGAUGGGACAAAUAGCCAAUCAGAUCCAGUGUUCUACAACCUACAUUGGGAAAGACCAGUUCAUGAAAGAGCUUCUUGGAAGGAGUGUGAGGAAGGGCGACUCCAUUGCUGAAUCUCUCCCUGGCAUCUCCAUCCCCAAGAGAAACAGCGAUAUGACGGGAGAUUUGGAGAUCUGCUCCGAUACAGCUACCAGCAUUGUGACACAGAAGAUCAGCUUGCAUGGAGAGAAUGAGGAGGACCCCACCCCUGAGACUUCAUGUCAGGACCACAUGAUAGGCUCCAGCUGCCAAAUGAGAACCCUGGACAGCGGGAUUGGCACCUUYCCCCUCCCUGACUCCGUCACCCGGGUCAACGGGCGCCACAUUCCUAGAUCUGAGUCCAGCCCCGACCGGAUGAUGGCGAGCGUUCACAGUCCCACUGAUCCUGACCAGGACCUCCUCUCGGCCUCUGCUGCUCAUUCCCCAUCCCAAAUGAAAGUGCCGUCCCUGUCUGAGACCCACCCACAUGCACCACCCACCAGUGCCCUGGGCCACUCCCUGUCUGACUCUACAGUUACUGGAAGAGGUUGUGGACAGGAAGCCCUGAGCCGCCUCCCCAGACCAUCCACCUCAGAUGUCAUCAGAAGGAAGCGACUGAGUCAGAUAGAGUUAUGCAGCACCAGCCACACAGUCACUACGGAGGCCCACGAGGAACAAGUGGAGAAGAAGAGGAACACUAAGGAUCUAAACUCACCCACUGACAGAGCCCCGAGAGUGUGCACAUACUCAGGCAGCAGCAGUGACACCGAGACAGAGUCUGAAGGGAACACGCUAGGCUCCACCCAAAGCACCCUUACCAACAGAGCAAAGACGAGCAACCAAGUCUACUGCGAAGAGAAGACAAUGAAGAGGAACAGUGUGGGAAAGUUCCCGUCAAUCAUGGACUACUAUCAACAUGACAUGUUCUCUCACGUAGAGAAGGACGACCACAGGGGGAGUUUCUCCCAAUACCACUUGUUGCACAACCAGUCAUCGCUAGAGGGCAAAGCAGGAGACAGACUAAGCAAAGGGAAUCAAGUGGACAUGACGACAGGCGGCUGCGGAGGAGGUGUCCGGGCCGGCUCCAGAGACGUGUCCUUGGAUUCCCUGAACAAGCUGAACAGCAGUGGGCUGGGGCUGUGCCCGGAGACAGAGCUAAGGCCCAGUAGCGGUGACUGCUCCUGUUCCGCAGGGGAGAGAGAAGAGGACUGCUGCAGCAGGGCUGACAACGAGCCCUCGUCGUCCAGCUACUACUCCAACAAGCCCGGGGCGGAGCGUGUGGGUUCUCUCAGCGAUUCGCUUUACGACAGCUUCUCCUCAUGCACCAGUCAAGGCUCCAACGACGUGUAGAGUAAGAAAGUGGAGGCCGGGGGCGAUUCUGUUGGAGUCCUCUGCUACUCCCACCAACCGAAGCACUUAGGUCAUAAGGAAGGAAGGGAUGUCAUAGGUGAUGUCAUAAGAUAAGGACGUGAACCCAGACUGUACGGUAUGCAUGACCUCUGAGAUGGACAAUUAAACUAUAGGCUACAACAGUACCACCGUUCAAGGUGUGGAAAGCAAUAUUAGAAAUUGUCUUCUUGCAUUAUAUAUUUUUCCCCGAAGGGGGAAUGUUUUUUUUAAAUCAUUGCACUGUAACAAAUACUGUACAAAGUUUUUAAGGAAUUCAACUUGAAGACACAACUAGAGUAAAUACCACCAAAUCCAAAUCAAACCAAUCAGUAAUAUUAUCAGGAGCAACUGAUGAUGCCUAGUAGUGUGAAGCAAUACCUUAAGAAUCAUAAUAUGUGCAAAAAACUAUUAGGGUUGUUGGAUGUGGAUAGAUGGUUUUCUCACUGAUCAUUAUUUCUCAAAUGAUUUCUCUAAUGUUUUACUGCCACAGUGUUGUAUGCCAUAAUGGCAGGCCUACACACCACAACUACCAUCAUGCAAUACACUGCAACCCAUACCAUACAAUCAUAGCUCCUAAAGCCAUUGGCUCAAACGUGUACGAUUUCCAGACUGCUGUGGUAUCUUGAAAGUUGCAUGGUGAACUAAAAUGUGACACACAUGAGAACAAGAACAAAUAAUGUAUUUUAUUUUUGAAGUGCCGUGAUUUAUACUUUAUAUUAAGUGACCUAAAUACAUGCAUAUGCACAUUUAAUUGAACCACCAGUACUGUGGGAUCUUAAAGAAUAGUAUCCUGCAUAUUGAAUGUACUAGAGUCAGUUUCGACUUUGAGUUGUAGUACAGAUGAGAARUACAUGAUCAAUACAUGAUCAAUCAUUUCUACCAGCAAGUCAAAACUGUCAAGAUGAACUUCAACUGCUGUGUAGUGGCUUAAAGGGAUACUUCGGGAUAUUUGGCAAUGAAGCCCUUUCUCUUCUUCCCUCGUCAGAUGAACUCAUGGAUGC